GCGGAGAGCUGGAGCUGUGGGACAGUGGCCGCAGGAGUGCGCUGCCAGGAGCUCGGCAACUGUUUUGACGUGAGAGCUGGCGGCUGACUAAGCCGUGGAACCAGGGCGCAGUCGCCAUGUUCUGCGAAAAAGCCAUGGAGCUGGUUCGCGAGCUGCAUCGCGCGCCUGAAGGGCAGCUGCCCGCUUUCAAUGAGGAUGGACUCAGACAAGUUCUGGAGGAGAUGAAAGCUUUGUAUGAACAGAACCAGUCUGAUGUCAAUGAAGUGAAGUCAGGUGGACGAAAUGAUUUGAUACCAACCAUCAAAUUUCGACACUGUUCUUUGUUAAGAAAUCGACGCUGCAGUGUAGCAUACCUGUAUGACCGGUUGCUUCGGAUCAGAGCACUCAGGUGGGAAUACGGCAGUGUCUUGCCGAACGCUUUACGAUUUCACAUGUCUGCUGAAGAAAUGGAGUGGUUCAAUCAUUAUAAAAGAUCCCUUGCUACGUACAUGCGGUCACUGGGAGGAAAUGAAGGUCUGGACAUCACACAGGACAUGAAACCUCCCAAAAGCCUGUAUAUCGAAGUGCGGUGUCUUAAAGACUAUGGAGAAUUCGAAGUCGAUGAUGGUAUUUCGGUUCUAUUGAAAAAAAAUAGCCAGCACUUUCUCCCCCGCUGGAAGUGUGAGCAGUUGAUUAGACAGGGAGUCCUGGAGCACGUCUGGUCAUGAUCCACACUGAGGAGCUGCAAGGCUGAACCUGGCUCCCAGAACCUUCUCCACAUGGCUCUUCACCUCCCCCAACUCCCUUUUUUAUUUCAAAAGUUACAGACAUUCUUUAUGAUAUUGUAAUUAAUGAUUACGAAUUGUGUCUAGUCAUAACAUUUCUACUAUUGUUACUACAAUGUAUUCUUUUAAAUGAAAGUAAACAUUAUUAUAGUUGAUUCUUUUUUUCAUCCCCAAAUAACUAGAGUCCAUUGCCUACAUUAGAAGAGGAUGGAUCCUUAUAUAUCAUGUGUGUUUUCUGGUGGUGUGUAGUAUACAAGUCAGGGAGUACAUGAUUUAAAACCAUAGGGGCAGGUAAAGAUGGUGGUCUAUAAAAAUUUUCAGCAUAUUCAGUGUUUACUGGCAUAUUGAUCAUCUGGCUGUUUGAGAAGGAAGAAAGGAAAGGAAGGAUACAGUGGACUUUGCUCAUUUCCAGCCAUGGUAUUGGCGUGGCUCAUGGCUGUUUACAAGCUUGCGAGGUGAGCGUCAGUGUCACCACUUUUCAGAAGGAUGUAGAAAUUGGGAUGGUGUACUGAACUGCAGCACUAGAAGCCACGUAGCUCCGCAAGAGUUUGGAUCCCCAGUUGAGCAGACAGUCCAGGCACACAGCAUGCAUGGUCAAGUUCCUAAUGAGCUGGGGGGUAGGAGAAGGGGACGUCAUGAUGAGACGCUGUCGAGGAUGCCUGUUUUUCUCUCGUUUGCACACUGUCAUGAAUAAAAUAAUAAAAAGAAAUUGGGGCUAGACAA